CUUUUUAGCGGAACCAAAACAUCAUGCCACGCUGCCACGCUCACCACAAGCCUUCCGAGAACAGACACAAAAAACUCCCACGCGAUCUUUCUUUCAAGAGCACUCAAGUUAUCUUUCUAUUGCUAUAGUAUUUCGACCAUGAGCACCAGUGUGGAAGGCAAAUGUGUGUGCUUUACGGGGACCCUCCAACAGCAAACUCGAGCUCAGGCCGCUGCCGCUGCCAAAAAAGCGGGUGCCACAGUGGCCAAGAGUAUUACCGGUUCGGUGGAUAUUGUGGUGGCAGGACCAGGAGCGGGUGCCAAGUUGGAACAAGCCAAAAAGAAGGGAUGUGAAGUAUGGAGUGAAGAUCAGUUCCUAGCUGCCAUUGGUGGUGAAGCUACUGGCGCUGCUGAAGCUGCUAGCACUCCCAGCAAAAAGAAAAAAGCUCCUCCUGCAGCUUCUCCCUCUCCUGCCAAGAAAAAAGCCAAAACCACUCCCACCAAAACCACUCCGGCCAAGACGAAAGCCGCUACCAAAGUGGAACCUGCAACUCCUGCUGUGCCCGGCUCCAAAACACGAAAAGUCAUGAGUGUGGUUGCAGGAGGAAACGAAGUCUACUCCGUGGUAGAUGACUACGAUGUCAAGCUCAUGCUGUCGGAUCAAGUCAGUAUGAAUUCCAAUAAAUUCUACAAGCUACAAUUGCUUCAAAAAACGGAGGAUGACAACUAUUACGUCGCCACCAAUUGGGGACGGCUGGGAGAACCCGGACAAUCGCAACUCAAGGGUCCUCACAGCGACCUAGACAAGGCCGUCAAGGAAUUUGGAAAGGUAUUUCGAUCCAAAACCAAGAAUGCCUGGGGAGCCGAUCCCUUUGUACGAUAUCCCGACAAGUACCAGUUGAUUGAAACCACCGUGGACGAGGAUGACGACGAUGAUGGAACCGGUCAAGCGCUGGGACGGCUCACGGAAUCGCAAAUUCAAAAAGGACAAGCCGUCUUGAAAGAAAUUCGAGAAACACUCGACGAAAAAAAGAAAAUGACCAAGGCCAAAAGGAACGAUGCAUUGGGAGCUCUUUCCAACGAAUUCUAUUCCCUCAUCCCCACGACAUCGGGACGACAAAAACCACCCAAAUUGGACAAUCUCGAUAUCGUUACCGAAAAGGAAGGACUCCUCGAAUUUUGGCUGCGCAUGGGAUUCGAAGAAGUCAGUCCCCAAAAUGUCGAUGGAUCACCCAUUGACGGCCUGGAACAAUUGCCCGUUCCCACGACCCUGAGAGCGGCCGCUUCGAGUAUUUCCGAUUUGGGCAGCAUCAACUCGAGUCGCACUCGUGGGGAAUCCUUGGCAAGCAAAAAGGCCGGAAACCCCGUCGCCGACAGUAUGGGACCGGAACUCUACGCCGCCAUUUUAUUGUACACAGGAAAUUCCAUUUACCGAGAACUCAAUCGUUGUUUGCGAUUGGAAUGGAAGAGUGCUCGCAAAUAUUGGAAUUAUCUCCGACUCUAUUUUGCCGCCAUGGAAUGCAUGCCCCGCAAGAAAGAAACGUUGUGGCGGGGGAUUGCGGCCGAUCUCUACGACGAGUACGAACCCGGCAAAAUUAUCACGUGGUGGACCGUCUCGAGUUGCACUUCGGACAAGAGUGUGGCGCAAAACUUUAUGAGUCAAUUGGGUGGCAAAGCCACCUUGCUGACCUUGCAUACCCUCAAGGCAUGUGAUAUUUCGGCUUUGAGCUUUUACCCCCACGAACGAGAAAGCCUCCUCAGUCCGGGCACCAAAUUAAAAGUCUUGAGCCGCAAACGCAAUGGAAAAGUGGCCGAGAUUGAAGUGGAAGAAGUGGUGGACGACGAUGGCGACAAGAAAAAGCCAGCGGAAGAGUGAGUCUAGUGUGCCGACAAAGUUACACUUAGUUAGGAGUUAGGAGUAGAGUGCGGACAUUGAAGCACAAUAACAUACGUAGUUUCGCCAACAGAAAGGGGCUAGUUAGGCGUGA